UCAAACUUACAGAAUUCUAAUUUACCGUCAUUCGUUUAAUUACGCUUUUUUUGUUGUUUUCUAGGGAAAAACGACACAAAAGUAACUUAUUAGAAGAAAUAAGAUUUAAACUUUGGUUUAUAGUAUUAAUUUUAAUAAUUAUUUCUCAAUAAUUUCAAUUUUUUUUGUGAGGAAGUGUCAAACGUGCCAAAUGUCGAUGUCAAUACAAAUUUAAAUACAAUCAAACAACUGGACCCCAAAUUUCUGGAAUUAUGAUAAUGAAGUGACUGACAUUUGAAAAACCCAAUUAUCAUGCAUUCAAAGCAGUUCGCAUUGACUCCAAGGCCGCUUGAAAUGCCUUUUCUAAUUAUAUUACUACUAAUCGCCCCAACUUCAUCUGCAAAAGAGUCCAAAUUCCAAAAUCUAAACAUUUCAUUAACUCAAAAAGUUGAUAAUGAGGGAUUCCACCGCGAACUCAAGUGGCUUCUCGAACGGGGCCCCACCACCUUUGAUUGUAAACUAGCAAUUCAACUCAAUGUGGGCCCCGAAAUGUACUUGAACCCUGAUCAAAUCGCCGAUUUAAAUCGUUUGAGGCAUCUAUCAGUUCUCAUAGAUGGCGAGGUGGAUAUUGAGACGCCUGCACAUUUAUCCACGAGGCACAUCGCUUACAUUUACGUGCCCCCUUUUGAGGAAAGAGUGUCUUUAAACAUCCCGUUCCAUUUGCGAUACCAGCGAGCGCAAAUUUCGGGGGGGUAUGGCAAAGUCAUUGUGAAUAAACCCAGCGUGUUGGCACUGUGCCCCCAGAGUUGCGCUCGGAGCGAAGUUAAAGCCCCUUGUGACAUAAGCAACCGUAUUUUAUGCAAGUGGAAUAAUGUCAGUUAUCAGGCUUUGUUUGAUGAGGUUGAGUUGCUUGUCCCUGUGGGGGACCUGGACGACUACCCUUUGGUGUCAAUUGUGACGCUACUUUUAGGGUGCGCUGGAUGCAUUUACACCUUAUCAGUAUUAUCAACGACUCCGCUUUAAAGCCAAAGAACCCAAAUUUUGUUUGUGAUAUUAUUUUGUAUUUAAAUAAAGGGAUUAAACAGUUA